UGGCAAACCACCAGUUGGACUGCAUUUAGAUGUUGCCAAAGGUGAUAAAUUAAUACAGAAACUUAUGAUAGAUGAAAAAAAAUGUUACCUUUUCGGCCGAAAUCCACAACUUAAUGAUUUCUGCAUUGACCAUGCUUCUUGCUCGAGAAUCCAUUGUUCGUUAGUAUAUCACAAACACCUCAACAUGGCCUUUUUGGUUGAUCUAGGGAGUACCCAUGGGACUUUUAUUGGGAAUAUUCGUUUAGAGGGAAAUAAACCAACGCAGCUGCCUGUAAAUUCAACUUUUCAUUUUGGAGCUUCCACAAGAAUGUACACACUGAGAGAACGCCCCCAGACUGCUCCAAAACCUGUUAUGGAUGAAUUGGAAAGAAUAUCUGAAGAUAGUGAUGGAGGACUGCUGGGUCUACCAGAAACAGAAACAGAGUUGGAUAACCUCACUGAAUUCAACACUGCCCACAAUCGACGUAUUUCCAUGUUGGGAAUUGGCGAAGAUGAUCCAAAACCGAGAGGGCGGAAAAGACACAAAUUUAAUGUCAGUUUUAAAGAUGAAGAAGAUGUUAUAAAUCCUGAAGAUGUUGAUCCAAGUGUUGGAAGAUUUAGAAAUCUUGUUCAAACUACUGUGGUGCCUUCUAAGAAACGACGUUUGGAUAUUAGUGGACUCGUAUCAAGUAGCAGUGUGCGAGAAAUGGAGGGGUUAGGAAAAGCCAUGGUGCAAUUUCCCCGUAGUGAUGGCUUGUAUGGUGAUUUGCCUCCUGAGCAACACAGUCAUGGUGGUUCUCACCAUUCGAUGUUCUCCUCUUUGUUAUCUUCCAAACUUGGUCUGCCAUUACCGAAUCCUGCUCCAGAGGUGGAAUUAGCCCCACCAGAACCAGUUGCCCCAGAGAUACCUGCACAUUUACAAGUGUCUGUUGAUCCAGAUGAACCAAAGAAGAAGAAGUAUGCCAAGGAAGCAUGGCCAGGGAAAAAACCUACUCCGUCACUUCUUGUUUGAAGUGCCCCGUUGUUUUCUAUACAAAAGUCAAGUGAAUAGUCAUCAUCAGCUUAGUCUGUGUUUACUUACUUGACUACACAUAUCCCAAGGAUGGAUUUGUAUUUUUCUAGAGUAUUUAUAGUUAUAAACUAAAGAGAAAGAUAUUUAGUUGCACCUGUUUUUUAAAAAGCCUAGUUAAGCUGUGGCAAAAGCAUUGCAGUCAGGGCAUGAUGAAUCUUGUAAUUCAAUAGAGCAUCUAAUUUCCAUUACAGAAUGCACUUGGAAAUAAGUGAGGUACCCAGAAUACUUGGUCAGAUAUGUAAAAGUAAUAUUUAUUAUGCAAAAUUGUUGCCAGAAAUAUUGCAUGCAGUACUGCAGCAUUGAUGAUACUGGAUAACCAAUGUACAACCAUUUUUGUAAAGAUUAGAAACAGUUUGUUCUUAGUAAGUUUCCUGAUGGGAAAUUUGUUAUGUCUGAUGAGUUGAACAUAAUUUUUUUUCUUUAGAAGCAAUUAAAACUGCUGCAGGUUACUUUUAAACAGGUAUUACCUGGAGGUGUUAAUGUGAGUAACCUCAGAUAUGUUCCGUUGCACUUCAUGCACAUAUACUAGUUGGAAGUUCAUUUAGUACAUUUUUUCAGUAACGAUUUACAAUUAACCCUAUAUUAUUUGCAUUGUGUCCUUUUCGGCGACAUGCAUCUUGAGGUAAACUUUUACAUUGGCUGAGGUUCUUUUAAUAGUUACUGUUAUUACAAAGGUGUUACUACCAAGAUGCUAAACUACUCUGAUACUUACACAGACUAUGCACGUCCUCUCUCAUCUAGAAGGCAAGACUCAUUGAACCUCUUUACCGAAAAUUUAUUAUUGAACAUGCGCACACUACAGCUUUGGGAACUAAUAGAAAGCAACUUACAUGUUAUUGCACAGCACAGUAUAAUGCUCUUCAAUAAAGCUCAGAGAUAAUUUGAUUA